GUAUUUCUCUGCAUUGGAGUCCUGUACAUGUUCCUCGCUCUCGCCAUUGUUUGUGACGAGUUCUUUGUGCCGGCCUUGGAAGAAAUGUCUUCGAAGCGACGUAUGAAUCUCUCGAUGGACGUUGCGGGAGCCACACUCAUGGCAGCGGGUGGAUCGGCUCCCGAGUUGUUUACGUCCCUUUUUGGUACAUUUACCGAGAGCGAAAUUGGGUUUGGUACGAUUGUGGGUAGUGCCGUCUUUAACGUCCUCUUUGUCAUUGCCAUGUGCACGAUAUUCUCCAAAGAAGUCUUGGCGUUGACGUGGUGGCCUCUCUUUCGUGACAGUCUCUUCUACGCGAUUGGACUCGUCGUUCUAUCCAUUUUUGUCGGUGUUACCAGUCCCGAAGAAAUUGAACUAUGGGAAGCGAUUGUGCUCUUUGCCAUGUACUUUUUGUACUGUGUAAUCAUGUAUUUCAAUGCGGACAUUUACCAUUAUCUCACCGGCAAGGUACUCAUAUAUCCGGAAGACUCGGACGACGAAGAGAGUACCGCCUCGCAAGAACAACGGCAAGAAGCUGCGGCCGCAACCCGCGAUAUUGAACGCCCUUCAUUGGAAAAGGAAGGCUCGGCCAAUUCCUUGGCCAGUGCUUUGCAUUUGGUCACUCUCCAGAACGAUUUACAGUUAAUGGGUCAACACAGCUUUCGCUGGCAGGGUACCUUUCGUGCCGGGAUUCUCAAGUUGUUGCGGGAUCCCCAUACCUGGGUCGAGACUGGCGGAGUCGGUAUCGUCGCCAAGAUUGCCGGAGAUGCGGACUACAUCUUUCGGAAAAUUGACGCCAACGGCGAUGGACACUUGGACAAGGAAGAACUCAAGCGACUCUUUGAAGCCCUGGACUGUCACGUCAGCCCGGAAGAAUUGACCGAAGUUUUUGAUAUCCUCGACGUCAACAAGGACGGUGUUAUUAGUGAAGAAGAAUUCAACAAAUGGUACACAACAUCCGCCGAACUCAUUCGCAUUUUGAGCUGGACACAGUACAUUAUUGUUUUCCCACUCGUCUUCGCAAUGGUUUUUACGAUCCCGGAUGUUCGACGGCCGGGAUGGGGUCGCUGGUGCUAUUUGUCCUUUGUGCUUUCGAUCGCAUGGAUUGGAGGUUUUGCUUAUCUCAUGGUAACAUGGGCCGAAACCAUUGGAAAUACGGUCGGAAUUCCCUCUGUAAUUAUGGGUUUGACUGUUUUGGCAGCCGGAACGUCUGUACCAGAUUUACUUUCGAGCGUAAUUGUGGCGCGAAGGGGAUCGGGUGAUAUGGCUGUUUCCAGCUCCAUUGGCAGUAAUAUAUUCGAUAUUCUGGUCGGUCUACCCGUGCCCUGGAUUUUGUAUACCUCCUGGCCCUCGAAAGAUUCGACGGUGGUUAUUGCUUCGGGCAAAAUUUGGAUUUCCAUUUUUGUCUUGAUUGGUAUGCUGGUCUUUGUUAUUGCUGCCGUUCACUGCCAAGGAUGGAAGUUGACCAAGACACUGGGAGCCAUGAUGAUAGUCUUUUACUUCGCAUUUUUGGCCCAGGCAAUUCUUUUGGAG